AUUAACACAGCAAUCUUUCUCAUAAAUCUCUCCAAACCUCCGUUCGUUAAAACCAUAAUUUUCACGAAUGGAUUCAAAGCUUUCUUCCGAGAUGAUCAUGGAGAUAAUGUCCCGAACAUCGUUAAAAACCCUCGGCGUCAUGCGUUGCGCGAGCAAAGAACUCAAUGCGCUCACAUACGAAUCGUAUCUUUUCGAUCUAUACAAGAAAAGAAACAAGAUCAUAUCCGGUUUUCUCAUACAAAAUAUGAGAAGAGGGUGUAUAAACAUCCAACAGUUUGCACCCUCACCUGAUUCCAACAGUCUUGAUCUCGCUUUUCUACCGCGUAAUGCUCAAGUUCUUGCGACAUCGGAGCAAGGAAUCAUGGUGUUCAAGAUUCAAGAUCCUAUGAAUUGUAGGAAAUAUUUGUACCAUGUUUGUAAACCUUCAACUAAACAGGUUUUGACUUUGCCGACGCCCAAAGGAAACCAUACGGAUCAGAAGUUUGCGAUUGUGGUCAUGGGUUUGAAGCCGCUACAUUACAUGAUCAUCCGAUUUUCUGAACAACGUCCUUUGAAACGGUGGAGAAAGUUCUACACAGCGUAUCGUUGUGACAUAUUCGACUCGAUGAAGUGGAAAUGGCGAUCACUUAAGCAUGUAACGUUGGAUUAUUGUGUUUUCUUGACCAACCCACAACCAGUCACCAACAAUGGUUCCAUAUACAUGUUGUUAACAAAUAAUAACAUCUUAAAAUUCGACGCGUAUUCUGAAAAUGAAAAAUGGGAAGUCUUUUCGUCUCCUAUUCCGUAUGAUGAAUCAAGGACAUCAGUAGAGCUCGUAAAGUACAACGGACGAUUAGGGUUGGCUUGUAAGCCACCGGAUGCAGCAGGUUGUUGGGAGAUUUGGGUACUUAGGAAGGAUGGAUUGUGGGUGAAAGAAGCUGAUGCUGAAAGUGAAAGCAAAAGGGAGUCGCUCAAGGCGUUAUAUGAUUCCGAAACAAGUGUUAUGGUUGAUUGCGAGACAUUCCUGUUUUACAGGUUUAAACAAGGCAAUAACAUGAUCAAGAAGGUGGUAUUAAAGGACACUCCUUAUCAGAUCUUCUCAUUCCGAUCAGAUGUUGAGCCUGUUGAUUUAAAGUAGAUGUUUGUCAAUGGAUCUUAUUGUUUAUUUUAGACUCAGAUGGUGGUAUAUUUUGGUAUAUAGAUAUGUAAAUGCAUUUAUCUUAAGUUAGUUUAGUUUUUGGUAUAUAUAUGUUUGUAUU